GAAGAUUCUCCUAAUUUAUAUUCAAUCUGAAUUUAUGUAUAAAUUUACAAUUUUUGGAAAAAUUCACAUUUAUCCUUUGAUAGGCGGAGGAAGGAUCACGAAAAGAGGAUAUCAUAAACUACGAGCUGAGCCUGUGGUUUCCGAGGAAAAGCCAUCGUUGGUAGCGAGUGAAGCCGAUACGGAUGGAACGAGUUCUUAUUCGAGUACCGAUUAUUCGGACUACGAACAAGAUGACGAAGAAAAUACCGACAGUGAAUACGAGGAAGCUCUGACGUGCAAUGUUUGCGAUAGAUCUUUCCGAUCCACUCGCCAUUUGGAACAGCAUCAGCAGAAAAAGCGGCAUUUUGGUUGUUCCAUAUGUGAUUCAAUUUUUCCGAAUCUGAUGGCUUUGGAACAUCACAAGGAAUCGCUAGAUCACUGGUCGGAAGACGAAGGAAAUGUUAAAGAUAGCGAAACUGACGACGACAGCGAAGAAGACUGCAAAAGAUCCGAAGAAAUGGAAAGAUUGUUGUAAUUUAGAUUUCCAAUUUAACAAGCAAAGAAAAACAAGAUGUAUCGCUUAAAAUUGUCGUGCUUCUACUUCCUUACUCCAUUAAUGAUAAUGUGAGAGGUCGACUAUAAAUAUACAUAUAUACAUACAUAUAUAUAUAUAUAAUUAUUUGUUGAUAGAAUCGUUAAAAGUAAUAGUUGAAUUUUUGGAGAUGCAAAUAAUCGACCUACGUAUCUUGUAAAAUAAUAUUCCCUAUUAUCGCUAUAUCGCAGAAAAUUCUUUGUAUGUUAUCUGUAUAUGCAUAUAUCUAUGUUCGAUUGUAAAUUACUACAAGUAAUAAUGUUCUAAUGUAUGUUGUACGAAAAAUAAAAUUAAGAUAAACUU